AUGACUCAACUUCGUUUUCUAGGUCGGCGGUCCAUCGUCCUCCACACCCUCCCAUUAACGCACAUCUGUUCUCCACUCGAAGUCAAACAGGUGAAUGGUUUGUGGAAAACGAAAACCCAGAACAUGACAAGCUUAUGCAAAGUAGCAAAGGAGUUGAAAGAUAAGUUUGCAUCUUUCCAGAUUUGUCAUGUUGAAAGGGAGUUCAACACUGAAGCUGAUCGAUGCUCAAGCGAACCUGGGAGUACAUCUCCAGGAUAUGUGGCAUUGGAGGACUUUGAGAAUGGAAUAAAAUGUUACCAAAACGCCCUUCAAGUUGACGGAAGACAUUAUAACGCAUGGUAUGGCCUUGCGUAA